AGUCUGAUUUUUUUAAAAUAUUAAAACUACACUUUUUCUUUGAAGAUUUGCCAUUGGUGUUGUGUUCAAAUGGUUUGUUUAGUCGAAAAAUCUUCAAAGUAUUAGCUUUGUUUGACUUGUCAUAAUGUUGGUAUUUCAAUGGAUACUCAAUUACUGGGUGUUUUGCAUCACUAGGCUCUCUGAUUCCCAUAGAUGUAAAAUGCUGUUAUGGUCUCUGAUCUUCUUCGCACAUUGUUACAGUACUUUCUGCGCAUUCUAAGGCUGAGAUUAGCUAGGCAAGGUUGAUCAAAGAGGUGUGAAAAUUUCAUGCAGUAGUAAGAGAGUGUGGACUUGAAGUGCAAGCUGUAGGGAUAUGGCUUUCAGGGUAGCCACACUAUGGAGCUGCUGGGACAACGGAAAAAACAUAGGACCCACAUCCGGCUUCCAUAACUUUGCUCACACCAUUGCACAACCAAUUCCAAUGGACAGCAUCAUCUUCGGCAAUCAGGAAAGGAUUGAAGGGAACAUUGCUUACAGAUUCCAAGAUAUCACUUUCUUCAAUGGGUCUAUGGAACUAAUGGCCGUCCCUAAAAAGAAGCUUCAUCCUCUAUCAACUUCCUUAACAUGACAAUUAAUUUUGAACACACUGAAAUUACCAUUACAUAACCUUUUCAAAUUGCUAAAGCAGGUUACUCGUCACAAGAGUUACUCCAAAGCUAUUGCCAAUGAAUCGCAGGUUACUCGUCACAAGAGGGGGGAUACGAAAUGGACCAAAGGCUCUGAAACCUCAACCUCUGAUAAUCCGCUGCACUUCAAAGUCCGAUUUUUUUAAAAUAUUAAAACUACACUUUUUCUUUGAAGAUUUGCCAUUGGUGUUGUGUUCAAAUGGUUUGUUUAGUCGAAAAAUCUUCAAAGUAUUAGCUUUGUUUGACUUGUCAUAAUGUAAAACAGGUUACAUAUUUGCAAGAUCAUCAUAUUCACUUGAAUAAGACGUAAGGGUUCAUGCCGAGUCUUCUUUAUUGGCUGGAGCUUGGCGGAACUUUCAACAAAAUGGAAAUUUCAACGCCUCCACCGAUCACCCAAAUGGAAAUUUCACCAUGUACCGGUAUUCGUUUUCCUCUUUUUGUCGGAUAUGUCCCAAAAAAGAAUUGGCUUAAUAUGAAGUGCUGCACUGUAAUCAAAACCACACUAUUACAAAUAGGUGCUUAAGGCCAUGUGACAUUCAGAUUCCACUAAACCGGCUAUAUUUACCAUGUCAAACGCCACAGACAAGGGUUGGUCAUCAUUCUUAAAGCCUGUUAAUGUCAUAUUCAUUCUUUUUGUACUUAUUCACAAUUUUUAAACAUGGGAAUAACUUAAUGCACCCCGG